UCACACACUCAGCAGAAACACAAUUUCUGAGAUGGCAAACUUUGUGAUGAAUCGAGCUCGUUCUUCUUCAUCCGUAAAAUCAGUUAUUGGAAUCAUCAGGUCUUACGCAAAGCUUGCAACUGGCUCUGACAUAGUCUCUACCGCAUCCAAUGUUUCUCUCCAGAAAGCUCGAACUUGGGACGAUGGUGUUGCUUCCAAAUUCUCCACCACCCCAAUCAAAGACAUCUUCAAGGACAAGAAGGUUGUCAUCUUUGGUCUCCCAGGUGCAUACACAGGAGUUUGUUCAAGCAAACAUGUUCCUCCAUACAAGGAUAAUAUUGAGAAGUUUAAGGCUAAAGGGAUCGAUUCUGUUGUUUGUGUGGCUAUUAAUGAUCCAUAUACUAUGAAUGCUUGGGCUGAGAAGCUUCAAGCCAAAGAUGCUAUUGAAUUUUACGGAGACUUUGAUGGGAGCUUCCACAAAAGCUUGGAAUUAACUACUGAUCUCUCUGGUGCUUUGCUUGGAACCAGAUCUGAAAGAUGGUCGGCAUAUGUGGUAGAUGGAAAGGUUAAGGCUCUUAACAUUGAAGAAGCUCCGUCUGAUGUCAAGGUUUCUGGCGCAGACACCAUUUUAGGACAGAUUUGAAGUUUCUGUCUGUUGGUCUUUAUGAAUAUAGCAACUCUUCAAUAAUUUUAUUUUUUGAUCAAUGACGAGUGUUCAAUAAAAUGUACCUGAUGCUUCUUCCAGCUGAGCUGAUAGAAUGUUAUUUAAGAAUUUAUGUGUUGGUUCACUUGUUUUUGAGUAAUUGUAUUUCUUUCAUUUU